GGAAACACGGACUCACCGCAUCCAGUCAGCGCGAGCACACACACACUCAGACGAAGAUAUCACAGCACAGACUAUGGCUGCUACUCUGCUAGGGGCUACAUCUACAAGGCCCACAGUUCUGCGCAGAUCGUGUGACUAACACUAUAUUUGAGGAGCCCCGGCUCGGCAGCGCACCGCUGGCAAUGCUAGCCGCCACCUGCAGCAGAAUCGGAGAGCCCAGCCCCUCGUGCUCCCCUGCUCUUUCCGAUGGAGCCCCGGGAUUCAUGAAUGGCUUUCACCCAUGGAAAAGAGGCGCCCCGGGUCCGAGCAGCCUUGGCGCCUGCUUCACUUCUGUCGGGGUUCCCCCUACCUCCAGGAGCAACGGGACCGGACUGACAGAGACCUCCAGCGCUUUCUCAUUGACCACUGCCAACUCUCCUUUUGGAAACGAUUUUUCGAUGUACCAAACCUCUGUGCCAUCAGACAACAAUGUUCCCGAUUCUGCGCACGCACAACGAUCUGUGUUUCUGACCAAAUUCCCUUCCUCAGUGGAAGGCUUAACGGGGAUGUAUCCGAGGAUGCACGCGCAUCCAUAUGAGUCAUGGUUCAAGCCAGUGGGAGAUGUCAGUAACGGGUCUACUGCUUGGUGGGACAUGGGAACCAGCUGGGUGGACACACAGAGCCCUGCCGGGUUACCCUCUCCUCUGAGCGGCUACAGCACUGACUACAGCUCUGCCUUCGGCCCCGGUGCCUCUCAGCACCUGCUCCCCGCCACACAGCACCUGUAUGACGGCUUCAGGCCACCUGUCCCGACCCCCUAUACAGAGUCCACGACGACAGGAACCCCCGUCGUUUCUCUACCCGCAUCUUCCCGCUCCUCCUCAAGGCGCUUCUCCGGCAGAGCCACGUGCGACUGCCCGAACUGCCAGGAGGCAGAAAGCCUCGGCCAGGGGGGCACGAGCCCACGGCGGAGGGGCUUGCACAGCUGCCACAUCCCGGGAUGUGGUAAAGUUUACGGCAAGACCUCUCACCUGAAGGCGCACCUGCGCUGGCACACUGGGGAGAGGCCGUUUGUCUGCAACUGGCUCUUCUGUGGGAAACGCUUCACGCGCUCCGACGAGCUCCAGCGGCAUUUGCGCACGCACACCGGGGAGAAGCGAUUCGAGUGCUCCAUUUGCCACAAACGGUUCAUGCGCUCCGACCACCUCGCAAAGCACGCGAGGACACACAGCGCAGAGGGCUCAGAGGAUGGCGCGGAACCGGGACUCGGUAAAGGGAGCAGCGACACGGACAAUAGCCUUUCCGGGAGCCCAAAACAGUCUCCCCACGUGCGUGAGCCUGUCCAAACCACCGACGGUCAGAGUGCGGGGGAAUAAUUUACAAAGCUAAAGCAAGAACAAAGCAACACGUGGGCAUUUGAUUACACUGUACCAGCCUGUAUGGAGUGUGUUUUCUUGGACACUUUAAAACAGAAAUGGCACUUUAUGAUGAACUCCAGCUGUGGAUAAACACUGUGUCCUUACCUCGUCUUAUUUGUAGCCUUCUUUAAAAAAUACAUUUUUACUCUACAGUUCAUUAGACUUUUGUUGUGUGGAGACAGGUUAUAUGCAGCUUAUUUAUUCUACAAAGACUCUUUUUUUUGUUUAGAAUUCAACAAGUGGCAAGUUAUAUUAUUGUCUGGGUUAUUUCUUGACAUCGAGAGGUUAUUUUAAAAUAUGUUGGUUGAAAGACUAAAUUGUUCUAAUCUAUCUCUGCCUGUAAGUCACGAUCAUAACUCAAUAAAACAGGACAAUUUUUGGACAUAUUUUGUUUCUCAUUAAACCUG